CUACUCACCAGACAGAAAGACGAGAAAAAGGCCCUUUUUUUAACAUUUAUUCUUUAUUUUCUAUCAUUUUUUCUACAUCUACAUGGGCAAUUGCAUAAAUGCAAGUAUAUAUAUUGCGAAAAAGUAAUAAAACAAGGAUUUUCCCCUAUGAUGAAAACUACGUGCAGUGCAGAUUGCAGAUUCCUUGGAAAGAUUCAAGCUUUCGGUUGGCACAUCACAAGGAAACAAAAACAAUUCCCGAGGUUCUUGAUCGUUUUCUGUCCCUUUGCGGGCUUCUGCGAAGAUUGGUCAAUCUGAUUUCUUCCACUCCCUUGGCCCUUCGAGGACCGCAACCAUCCCCUGUUCCAUCGGAUUUGUCGCAUGAAUUGGGUAAAGUUCGUCUUUGGACCAUUGAUACAUUUCUGGGAAGAUUGGAGCAGGUUCCGCUUCAGAACUAGUUGUGUUUUAGAAAUCACCCAGAGACGAACUCUGUUACCCGGGCAUGGCUGCUGCGGGAAAUUCAUCGGUUAAAUCAAAGAAAAGUUCCCAAACUUUCACAGAGUCUCUGUCCUCAGCCUUUUUUGAAUGGAUGCUUCUGUUACUGCUUUUUGUGAACGCUCUAUUGUCCUACCUAACGACAAAAUUUGCCCGUUACUGUGGCCUGCAAACUCCAUGCCUCCUGUGCUCGAGACUCGAUCAUGUCCUAGGCAAGGAGCGAUUAGGAUUCUACUGGGACAUGAUAUGCCGCCAUCACAAGUCGGAAAUAUCGUCUUUAGUUUUGUGCCAUGCCCAUUGUAAGCUCGUGGAUGUUCAUGGCAUCUGCGAGAAUUGCCUCUUCUCAUUCGCCACGGUCAACAAGUCAAAUGCCGAGACUUACAGGUUAUUGGUGGGGAAGUUGGGAGCGGAAUCGGACUCUGGGACAUCCGAGGAGGAUGUUUUCCUUUCUGAGGGCCGUAGGACAAGGAAAUCAAGUGCGAAGCUGUGCUCAUGCUGUGGAAUGCUGUGGAUCUCGAGGGGUCCCACCCAGACAUUGAUUCAGACCACCUCAAUCAUGUCCCAGCUUGUGGAGCUAGAUGUCCCAUUAUCGGGCGUUAUAGGUGCUCUUAAAAAUAUAGGUGAUGGGCCAUCUAAGAGAAUAAACCGGGAGAUCAGCGAUCUAUCGCAUGUUGGAUACACUGAGCUUAAGAGUUCUUCGGACACCGAAUCUGAAGUUCCUUUUUCUGAUGACGAUGAAAUUAAUGCUUUGAAACGAGUGGGCCGGAGAGACAAUUCUGGCGUCAAGCCCCAUAAGGAGGAUCCUUUUAUUAAUAUUCCAUCAGAUGAUUCUCUUCCUGCGAAUCUUGAAGAGCCAGCCUCUAUUGAACGGACUUCAGUUCUAUUGCCCAAGACAAAAGUUGAUGCUGAUGAGGGUCAGAAGGAUGAACCAGCAGGACUGACUGUCGGACAUGGCUCGGAGGAGAUUAAAUGGCAAAAUUCCGAAGUCAAGGAGAAGGAGGCUUCAUCUUCUGUGGCCGAGCUCAUUUCUUUUGACGAUUUACCUCUGGGAUUAGGCAACAGAACUACUUUUGAGGAACUAUCAUCAGAGACCCCUGUUGAAGAGACUAAUGAAGCUCCUGUAAAAGACUCGGAGGAGACCUUGAAGGUAGAAACUGAACCUAUCACAACAACUGAAAAGCCGGUGGAAGCAAAUCUUGUGUCCAGUGACUUAAGUCCGCUGGUACCAAACCUGCUUGAUCUCGGUGAUGCAUACAAACUUGCUGUAUGCAAUCGUGGGAGGCAGUUAUCUGGUGUUCUCACGGAACAGUGGCUAGCCAAAGACUCCUCUUCGAGGGUCAGUGAAGAUUUGAAAAUUUUGUUCUCGCAGUUUUCUGCCCCUCGGGGUUUGGACCAGUCAUCGGCACAUGAUCUGAGCCCAAAAGUGUCAUUGAAUAAUGAGGAUUCGUUGAAGACCCUGGAUGCCCUCCAGAAGAGGAUAUCGCUUGAGAGAAACGAGUCGGGCCUAUCACAGGAUGGCAGCAUGGUGAGCGAAAUUGAAGGAGAAAGUACAUUAGAUCGAUUGAAAAGGCAGGUGGAGCACGAUAGGAAAGCUCUUAACGCACUGUAUAAGGAGCUUGAGGAGGAGAGGAGUGCUUCUGCUAUUGCAGCAAAUCAAGCUAUGGCAAUGAUCACGAGGCUGCAGGAGGAAAAGGCGACACUACAGAUGGAAGCAUUGCAGUACCUCAGGAUGAUGGAAGAGCAAGCAGAGUACGACAUGGAAGUUUUGCAGAAAUCGAACGAUCUCCUCGCGGAGAGGGAGAAGGAUAUACAGGACCUAGAGGAGGAGCUCGAGUUCUACAGGAUUAAUUUUGGGGACGGGAAUGAUAUUCUUGAAAAUCUAAAUGUGCACCCCAAAGCGGAAUCUAUUGGUAGAUUGAAAGAGAGUGCAAUUGGGAUUGAAGAUGAAAGAUUACAUAUUCUUGAGAGCCUUAAGAAGUUGGAGAAGAAGCUUGGCCAUUCUUCGGGCGAGGAAGUGAGCUCAGGGUCGGUUCAUUGUGAAUCACGCUGUAGUGGUAAAGAAGAGUCCGGCGCCUGUUAUUCAACCCAACGCGAUAAUUCUCUACCCAAUGAUGGUGGUUCAGGAACACAGGAAGAGCAAGGGACCUCACCCGAUAAUGAUGCAAAUGACGAUAACUGUGUCGGGAAAGGUUCUUCCUUUACAUCCGAAGGGAUGGACUUAACUUCCAUAUGGAAUGGAGUUUCAUAUCUUCAGAAAAGGUUGGAAGCACUUGAGGCGGACACGAAUUUCCUUGAGCGGACUGUGAAGCAUCUCAGAAUUGGAGAAGAAGGGCUUCAAUUUGUACGGGACAUAGCGUCCCGUUUGCAAGAAAUACGUAGUGCCGAACCGAAGGCUGACCAUCAAGCCUCUUAUUAAGGCGUGCAAUGGUUGGUUCUUGGGAAAGAGAAAUCAACCCAUGUCUCUCGAAUUGAGGCAGUCUUUCUGAAUUCUUCGGGCUCUAGUGUUUUUGUUAGCACUGCACAAUUCUCUGCAGGUAUGUUUGUUCGAAUGGAAAUGCAGAUCAUUCCGACAAAAUGUUUCAUAAAUAAAGGUUUGAUGAUACGACUUGGUAGAGAUUUGAUGCAUCACACUGGAUUGUAACUUCACGUUCGGUUUCCUUGAUUCUAUACAUGUAAGCAGAGUUGGUGAUUCUUUCUUUCUUGCAUUUCGAUUUUUCACCCUUUAGGUGUAUUCGGGUUUGAUAUUUGUUGAUUCUCUCUUGCGGGUUUCAGAUUGAGGAGUUGAUGAGUGAGUGGUUUCAUUGUACAAGGUUCGGUUUUUGCGUGUAAAGUGAGAGCUACUCUAGUUCCAAAUGAUUAUUUUAUAAUGUAAGGAACAAAAUAGUGAUCUUUUUACCUGUAAAUUUACCUCACCUUUUUGUGGCUUUUGACUUCGGAUA